AUGAGGAACUUAAAAGGAGUCAACUUUGGGACUCUGCUAAGCAACCAGAAGAAGGCUGAAGAGUUGCUGCCUGACUUGAAGGAGUUCCUGUCCAAGCCACUAGCUGGUCUUCCUAGCAACCGAUCUGAUGCUGAGAAGAGACAGAUUUGUGAUGCCAUCCUGAGGGCUUGCAACCAGCAGCUGACUGCCAAGCUAGCUUGCUCUGGGCACCUGGAGAGCCUGCUGGAGCUGGCAAAGCUGGCCUGUGAUGGCUACUUGAUGUCCACCCCCCAGCGUCCUCCCCUCUACCUGGAACGCAUUCUCUUCAUCUUACUGCGGAAUGUUGCUUCUCAGAGAAGCCCAGAGGCUAUGCUUCACCUUGCCCAGCCCCUCCAUGCUUGCUUGGUGCAGUGCUCUCGACAAGCUGCACCCCAGGAUUAUGAGGCCGUAACUCGGGGCAGCUUUUCUCUGCUUUGGAAAGGAGCAGAAUCACUGUUAGAGCGGCGAGCUGCAUUCUCAGCUCGGCUGAAGGCCUUGAGCUUCUUAGUACUCUUAGAAGAUGAAAGUACUCCCUGUGAGGUUCCCCACUUUGCCUCUCCAACAGCUUGUCGAGUGGUUGCUGCCCAUCAGCUAUUUGAUGCUAGUGGGCAUGGUCUAGAUGAAGCAGAUGCUGAUUUUUUAGAUGACAUGCUCUCCAGACUUGUGAUUGGAGUCUUGAUCAAUCAAGAAAGUGGCUCUCAUGGCCCUCUUUCGCCUCAGAGGGCCCUCUGCCUUUUGGAGCUCACCUUGGAACACUGCCGUCGCCUCUGCUGGAGCCAUCACCAUGAAAAGGCCACUGGUGCAGUGGAGAAGGCUCAUGAAUACCUAAGGAAUACCAAUCUAGCCCCCAGCCUCCAGCUAUGCCAGUUGGGUGUUGAACUGCUGAAAAUUGGGGAGGAAGAAUCUCAGGCUGUGGCCCCGCUUCUGACAAAGGCAUCAGCUGUCCUGAACCAUGGUAUGGGGAUGCCAUCACCUCCUCUCCGGGCAUUGUAUGACACCUGCCAGUUCUUCCUUUCAGGCCUGGAGCGAAGCAUCAAGAAGCGCUAUGGACUGGAUGCUAUUCUGAGCCUCUUUGAUUUUCUUGGAGGGUAUUGCUCUCUUAUCCGGCAAUUGCGGGAUGGGGUCCAUGGGGACUGUACCAAGCAGCAGCAGUCUUUGCUUCAGAUGCACUUUCAGGGUAUUCACCUCUACACUGUGAUGGUUUAUGACUUUGCUCAAGGCUGUCAGGUAGCUGAUUUGGCUGAUUUGGCCCAUCUAGUGGAGAGUUGCAAAUCUACUGUUGUCUGGAUGCUGGAGGCCUUAGAAGGUCUGUCAGGCCGAGAGCUGACUGACUACCUGGCGAUGACUGCCUCCUACACCAGUAACUUGGCCUACAGCUUCUAUAGUCACAAGCUGUAUGCUGAGGCCUGUGUUGUCUCUGAACCAUUCUGUCAGCAGCUGGGUUUGGCAAAGCCAGGCACGUAUCCUGAGGUGCCUCCUGAGAAGUUGCAUAGGUGCUUCCUGCUGCAUGUAGAGAGUUUGAAGAAAAUGGGCAAACAGGCCCAGGGCUGCAAGAUGGUGACCUUAUGGCUGGCAGCUUUGCAGUCCUACAGCCUAGAACACAUGACUGAGCCAGUCACUUUCUGGGUUCGAGUCAAGAUGGAUGCUGCCAAGGCUGGAGACAAGGAACUACAACUAAAGACUCUGCGAGACAGCCUAAAUGGCUGGGACCCGGAGACCCUGGCCCUCCUGCUGAAGGAAGAGCUGCAGGCCUAUAAGGCAGUACGGGCUGAUACUGGACAGGAACGCUUCAAUGUCAUCUGUGACCUGCUGGAGCUGAGUCCUGAGGAGACACCGGCUGGGGCAUGGGCACGAGCCACUCACCUGGUGGAACUGGCUCAGGUGCUAUGUUACCAUGACUUUGCCCAGCAGACUGACUGCUCUGCCCUAGAUGCUAUCCAGGAAGCCCUGCAGCUCCUAGAGUCUGUGAAGCCCAAGGUGCAUGCCAAAGAUCAACUUCUGGAUGAUAAAGCACAGGCCUUGCUGUGGUUCUACAUCUGUACCUUGGAGGCCAAAAUGCGGGAAGGUAUUGAGCGGGAUCGAAGAGCCCAGGCUCCCAGUAAUCUGGAAGAAUUUGAAGUCAAUGACCUGAACUAUGAAGAUAAACUCCAAGAAAAUCGUUUCCUGUACAGUAACAUUGCCUUCAACCUGGCUGCAGAUGCAGCUCAGUCCAAAUGCCUGGACCAAGCCCUGGCCUUGUGGAAGGAGUUGCUUACACAGGGGCAGGCCCCAGCUGUGCGAUGUCUCCAGCAGACAGCAGCCUCACUGCAGAUCUUAGUGGCCCUCUAUCAGCUGGUGGCAAAGCCUCUGCAGGCUCUGGAGGCUCUCCUGCUUCUUCGGAUUGUUUCUGAGAGACUAGAGGACCAUACAAAGGCAGCUGGCUUCUCCUGCCACCUCGCCCAGCUCCUUCUGAGCCUCGGCUGUCCCAGCUAUGCCCAGGUGUACCUGGAAGAGGUGGAAUCAAAUCUGAAGCAUCUUGAUCAGACCACUGACACAUACAUGCUCCUUUCCCUCACCUGUGAUCUACUUCAAAGUCACCUCUGCUGGACUCACCAGAAGGUGGAUGAGGGCGUCUCUCUAUUGCUGUCUGUCCUUCGGAAUCCUGCCCUCCAGAAGUCAUCCAAGGCUUGGUACUUGCUGCGCGUCCAAGCCCUGCAACUGCUGGCUCUCUACCUUAGCCUCUCAUCAAACAGCCUCUCAGAUGCCCUGCGGGAGCAGCUCUGGGCACAAGGCUGGCAGACACCUGAGACAGCACUCAUAGACUCACAUAAGCUCCUUCGAAGCAUCAUCAUCCUGCUUCUGGGUAGUGAUGUACUCUCUAUUCAAAAAACACCCGUGGAGACAUCGUUUCUGGACUAUGGUGAAAAUCUGGUACAAAAAUGGCAGGUUCUUACAGAGGUGCUGAGCUGCUUGGAGAAACUGGUCUGUCGCCUGGGCCACCUAGAGAGUGUGAACGAAGCCAAGGCCUUUUGUUUGGAGGCUCUGAAACUUACAACAAAGCUGCAGCUGCCUCGCCAGUGUGCCCUGUUUCUGGUGCUGAAGGGUGAGCUGGAGCUGGCCCGCAGUGACAUCGACCUCUGUCAGUCUGACCUGCAGCAGGUUCUGUUCCUGCUUGAGUCUUGCACAGAGUUUAGUGGGGUGGCCCAGCAUCCAGACUCUGUGAAGAAGGUCCACCUGCAGAAGGGGAAACAACAGGCCCAGGUCCCACAUCCCCCACAGCUCCCGGAGGAUGAACCCUUCCUCAAAGGCCCUGCUCUGGAGCUUGUGGCCACUGUGACUAAGGAGCCUGGCCCCAAUGUACCUUCUACAAAUUCCUCCCCAGUCCUGAAAACCAAGCCCCAGCCCAGCCCUGGCUUCCUGUCCCACUCACCCACCUGUGAUUGUUCACUGUGUGCCAGCCCUGUCCUCUCUGUGGUCUGUCUGCGCUGGGUGUUGGUCACAGCGGGGCUGAAGCUGGCCAUGGGUCAUCAGGCCCAGGGUCUGGAUCUGCUGCAGUUUGUGCUGAAGGGUUGCCCUGCAGCUGCCAAGCGUCUCAAUCAAGCUCUCCAAGCUUUCCUGAGUCACAAAGUUCCCCCUACUUCCAUCCCAAGCCUCUUGGAUGAGAUCUUGGCUCAGACAUACACACAGCUGGCACUAGAGGGCUUGAGCCAGCCAUCAAACAAGAGCCUGAGGAAUGUCAUAGAGUUGGGGCUGAAGUUCAUGACAGCGCGAAUACACCAUUUGGAGCCUUGGAAAGCAAAUCUGCUCUUGAUUCAGGCCCUUUCGAACCUGGGUAGCCCCAGCUGCUGCACUACUCAACUUUUUGCAAGCUCUUGGGGAUGGCAGCCACCAUUAAUAAAAAGUCCUCCAGGCCCAGAGCCCUCAAAGACUCGGAGCCAAAAGUGUUCAGGACGAGGGCGCCAGAAGAUAUCUUGUGCUCCCCUUUCCCUCCAUAAUACCUCUCAGAAAGGUCUGGAAGAUGGAGGACCACCCUGUACACCUAAGCCUGCAGGCCACGUCAGGCCAGCUGGCCCUCGUGUUCCUGUUCCCUUCACUGUAUUUGAAGAAGUCUGCCCUACAAAGAAGCCUGAGGUUCCCCAGGCACCCAGGGUACAUCACAGGGUCCAGACACGCCUCAAGGUAAACUUCAGUGAUGACAGUGACUUGGAAGACCCUGUUUCAACUGAAGCAAGGCUUGUGGAGGAACCUAAAAGAUGGGGCACUGCUUCCCGGGGCCGAGGCCGGGCUAGGAAGGGCUCAAGCUUGAAGACAGAUGCAGUGGUUGCCUCAAAUAGUGUUCCUGGAAACCCUGGUCUGAACAGUAGGAGUCGGAGGGCCAAGAAGAUGGCAUCAAGACAUUGUGAAGAACAGGAUCCCCAGAUGGCCCUUUAUGGCCAGGCCAGGCAAGGUCCUGAGGUCAUGAGGGCCAUCCCUGAGGAGGAGCUGGAUGACAAUAGGAUGGAAAUGAGCUUUGAGACUCUUAGAUGCUCAGAUGGGGAAGACUCAGCCCCAGGUGGGAAAGCACCAGCUCCUGGCUCUGAUGCAGCCGUAGGAGAAUGUGAGGUGUUGAGACGAGAUUCUAACAAGGAGGAGUUGCCCAUGCCAGGCCCAAAGAAAGGGAACAACAGGGACUUCAGUCCUUGGCCCCAGCUCCCCUCAGAACCUGUAAGUAUCAACCUUCCUCUAGGUCUUUCAACCUUGGAUUCCAUUUGUGACUCACUGAGUGUUGCUUUCCGUGGGGUCAGUCACUGCCCUCCUAGUGGACUCUAUGCCCACCUCUGCCGCUUCCUAGCCUUGUGCCUGGGCCACCGGGAUCCUUACGCUACCGCUUUCCUUGUUGCGGAGUCUGUCUCCAUCACCUGUCGCCACCAGAUGCUCACCCACCUUCAUAGACAGCUCAGCAAGGCCCAGAAGCACCGUGGAUCACUCGAACUGGCAAACCAGCUGCAGGGGCUGAGCCUCCAGGAAAAACCUGGAGAUGUCCCCCUGGCCAGCAUCCAGCGUCUCUUUUCCUUCAGGACUUCAGAAUCUCACCAAUUCCUCAAGCCUGAGAAGGAGAGUUUCCAGGAGCUCCUGGGUCUGAUCCCCAGUGGGGUGACUGUCUGUGUGUUGGCUCUGGCUACCCUCCAGCCUGGAACCGUCGGUAACACCCUCCUGUUGACCCGACUGGAAAAGGACAAUCCCCCAGUCACUGUGCAGAUCCCCACUGCCCAGAGCAAGUUCCCACUGAGUUUGGCCCUGAGAGAGUUUGAUGCCAUCCAGAAGGACCAGAAAGAGAAUAGCAGCUGUACUGACAAGCGAGCAUGGUGGACAGGGCGGCUUGCACUGGACCGCAGGAUGGAGGAUCUCAUCACUUCCCUAGAGAAGCACGUGUUGGGUUGCUGGAGGGGGCUGCUGCUGCCAUCCAGUGAGGAGCCUGGCCCUGCCCAGGAGGCCUCCCGCCUACAAGAGUUGCUGCAGGAAUGUGGCUGGAAAUAUCCUGACCCCAAUCUGUUGAAAGUUGUUCUCAGUGGUGCCAGUAUCCUCACUGCCCAGGACAUUCAGGCCCUCGCCUUCGGGCUGUGCCCCACUCAGCCAGAGCGAGCCCAGAAGCUCCUGAGUGAGGUAGUAGGGCGUUUACAGGGCCAGAUGGCACCAAGCAAUAGGCACCUUGUCUUGGUGCUAGACAAGGACCUGCAGAAGCUGCCAUGGGAAAGCAUGCCCAGCCUCCGUGUACUGCCUGUAACCCGGCUGCCCUCCUUCCGCUUCCUGCUCAGCUAUUCCAUCAUCAAACAGGGUGGGGCUUCGGCAGUGCUGAGCCAAGGGGUGGAUCCGCGAAGUACCUUCUAUGUCCUGAACCCUCACAAUAACCUGUCAAGCACAGAGGAGCAAUUUCGAGCCAAUUUUAGCAGGGAAGCUGGCUGGAGAGGGGUGGUCGGGGAAGUGCCAAGCCCUGAACAAGUGCAAGCAGCCCUGACAGAGCAUGACUUAUAUAUCUAUGCAGGGCAUGGGGCUGGUGCCCGCUUCCUUGAUGGGCAGGCCRUCCUGCGGCUGAACUGCCGGGCAGUGGCUCUGCUAUUUGGCUGCAGCAGUGCAGCCUUGGCUGUCCAUGGAAACCUGGAGGGAGCUGGCAUUGUGCUCAAGUACAUCAUGUCUGGCUGCCCAUUAUAUCUAGGUAAUCUCUGGGAUGUGACUGACCGAGACAUUGACCGCUACACAGAGGCUCUGCUACAGGGCUGGCUUAGAGCAGGCCCAGGAGCCCCUCUUCUCUACUACAUCAACCAGGCUCGCCAGGCUCCCCGACUCAAGUAUCUUAUUGGGGCUGCACCUGUAACCUAUGGCUUACCUGUCUUUCUGCGGUAA